UGCGGGAGCAACAAUCACAUCCAAGAUGGAGACCGUAAAUGCUGGACAGAUGAUGAGCUUAGCAGCUCUACAGAGACAAGACCCGUACAUAAACAAACUGCUCGACGUUACAGGCCAGGUGGCUCUCUACAACUUCAACUCCAAAGCGAACGAAUGGGAGAAGACCGAAAUCGAGGGCACCCUGUUUGUUUAUACAAGGUCUGCCUCGCCUCACCAUGGCUUCACCAUCAUGAACCGACUGAGCACAGAGAACCUGGUGGAGCCGAUCAACAAAGACCUAGAGUUCCAGCUGCAGGAUCCCUUCCUUCUCUAUAGGAACGGCAACUUGGGUAUCUACAGUAUUUGGUUCUAUGACAAGAGGGACUGCCAACGCAUCGCUCAGCUGAUGGUGAAGAUUGUGAAACUAGAAGCAGACCAUGCACAGAGAGAGUCGCCAGAAAGGGCGGAGCCGGGGAGGACCAAUGGUGUCGCAGAACCACGCCCCAUCGACAUACUAGAACUGCUUAGCAAAGCCAAGGAGGAAUACCAGAGAGCUCAAACGGAUUCAUCAGCAGAGCCUAAUGUAAAAGCCGCUAUCAACACCACAGACCACGUGCACAGCACACCUCAACCUGAAAAGAGCUCUCACACAAUGGUGAAGCAGAUCACAGUUGAGGAGCUCUUUGGUUCGUCCCUCCCUAAGGACCCCUCUCUGCCCACCAUGCCCACACAGAACACCACCACUGCUUCCAGUGACCCCUCCACUGUUUACCUCCAGAGCCAGUCUUAUCCCACUCCAGCACACCAGAACCCACUCUUUCCACCCCAUCUCACAGCCCAGGACCCUGGCUCAAGUCAACGGCACCAAGUCCCCGGCCUGCUCCCAGCUCCGUACGCACUUCACCCCAGCCCUGUUUUCCAGUCAGUGGUGCCCAGGUCAGACCCCCAACCUCGGUGCUCCGUCUCCCCUCUCAUGGUGCUGCCGGCUGGGUCAGAGCCUCGUGCGGCUCCGCCUCCUCCUGCAGCAGCAUCAGCAGCUCCUAUGACAUAUUUGGGACAGGAAAUACUCGGCACCCUCAAAGCACCAGUGCCAUCUGUGAAUUCGGACAUCCACAAACCCAUCCUUGCACCCAACUUCCUUCCGAGCGCGCUGUUCCCACCCCACAGCUUCCAAGAGCCCAUGGGGAAACCGCUUCUCCAGCACAGCAAGGAGAUGGAUGUUUUCUCUCAGCCUCCAAACCUGAUCAAACCAAUGUCUGCUGUCCCCAUGAGUCCCAGUCUUGCUGUUCCAGGGCCGGCGAAUUCUGUGCUUCUCUCCCCGAGCGCCUUCCAGCAGACCAUCAGUAAAACAACAACAGCAGCAGCAGCAUCAGUGGUCCCUCCUGCCCCUUCUGAACUUUCCUCCGUCUCUGUGGGAGCUGUAGAGCCUCCACAAGCACCCUGCAGCAAAACACAGCUACAGGAUACUCUCAUACACCUCAUUAAGAACGACCCAGACUUCCUCAGUGCCAUUCAUGAUGCUUACCUGCAGAGUGUGUCCAAGGACUUCAGCAACUUGAAGCUAUAGUCUCCUUCAACCAUCACCACCAUCACGUUCAGUGCUACGACCCUUUUGUGACCUUUGAAGGAUCCAGAGUUUAAUGGGAGUUAAAAGAAGCGCAGAUAGCAGGUUUUUCAUACACUCUACACAAUAACUCUUCAAAGCUAGUCUGUGUUCUUAGGGUUAUUAUAGCAUGCAGCCAACAUUUAACCUUCCUGACUCUGAACUCACUUGAACACUGACACCAUCCCGGGUACUCGUGUUAUUUUGGAUCAACUUUUUGUCUGCUUUGUCAAAAUCCAAACUUCUGUGGGGGAGGAGGAUGAGAUAACAAUUCCACAGUGUGGCCUUGAGAUUUCAUUUUGUACUUUAUCGAUGUGAUAAAAACAGUUGGCCACAUGCUGGUAAAUUCAGCUGUUGCCAGUUCAAUCGGCUCGAGGACAGGACCACAGUGGAGCGACCUUUUUGAUUUUUGCGAUCACAGAUGCUGCUUCCCUUACUCAUCUCACAUCUUUGGACUUCUUGCAGUGUGAAUGUAUGGGAACAGUGAUGACACGCUUGCACUGCUCAUUAAGACAGAGAGCCUCUGAGUGUUUAAGGAGUCUUUGCAGGCAUACUGUCCCACAUUUUGGCAUUAAAAAGGACCUCUCAAUUACCCCUUUUUGACUCAUCGAACCUUCUCUAUUGGACAGCUGUCAAUGUUUUGUGGCAUUUUGUUUGAGGAGGAGCUUGUUGAGGAAAAUAUUUUUUUCAACUCCUUGUCAAGGGACGAUCAAGAACUUUGUUGUUUGGAGAAGCACUUGCAGCUGGAUUUAAGAAUCACUUCCUCUCGGCUGCUUUUUAAAGUGUGUUACAAACUGUGAUGUGUUCAUAAAGACAAAGAGGUGAACGCACAAACCAGCUUCUUUGCUACAUUUACUUUCUCCACAUUUCUCCCUAUCUUCGCUCUUUUUCUUUUCUCUUGUCUGUGUCGUUCAGCGCUCCUCCACCAGCUGAGCUCGGUACUUGAUUUUAUUGGAGGGGAUCGUGCAAUAGACGACUUUAAACGCCUUUAGGGAUACCAGCAUUUUUGGCAUACUUUAAGAUGGUACAGUAGAGCUUUGUGUAUAUGAACCUCUGGGUUUUGGUUCUGCAGCUAUGUAAAAUUUAAAUGUCAUGGGAAAAAUUGCUAUUGAUUUUUGGAUCUUUGUUUACUUUCACACUUUAAAAAAAGAGUUAUCUGAUGUGAUUUUGAUAGCUUCAGGAUGUUUAGUUCAUACCAAUAAUCCAAACUGAGAUAAAAGAAAAAGUAUAAAAUACCUCCAUUCCUGCUUCUAAAUGCAUUUUUCAAGGCCACAGAUAAGUCUUAAGUCACAAAGACAUAACAAAUAGUGGCAACUUGUCGCUUUUUGCAGUAAAAGGCUACUGCACCACAGAACCGUAAACCCUGCAGACUGCAGUAGGAACAGGAAGAAGCACAACUGUCUUCUCGAUAUGCGCAACUCUGAUCGGUUGUUUAUGCUGUUCACGAACAAAGGAAACUGGUCUGAUCUACAUCAGCAAAUCAGCUUUCAAAGAGUUUAUUAAAAUUAUGUAUUAUGUGGGCAUUUUUGAACACACGGAAAACAUAGGUUUGAUUUACUCAUCACAAAAUGUUCAGCACAUUCAAGACCAAUAAAAUGGCAUUUAAAAUAUAAAGCAUGACAGAUUUAAGUUGUAAGGUUUUGAAGCAAAUGGUCCAGUGACGUUUGUAGUCAGUUGAUGAACGAUCUGGCUUCUUUUUCACAUGUUACAAUUCAGAUUACUUUACCCUAGUUAUCUACGCAAUCAGCACACGAAAUCAUUCAACAUGGAAACUUUAGUACAAGACCUUUUUUUAGGUUUUGCAAACCUGAAUUGCAAAGAUUCCGGGUUUUUUUUUAACUUUAAUUUCACUCAUGUAACAUGCAGAAAGUCAUUUAAUCAACAUUUGGAAAUAACUGAAUCAGUGUUAUGAAUUUCUGCAUAAAUAUCUGUCUCGAUUGUGAUGUCAUAGCUUUACAUUUGGUUGUGCUAUUUGAAUGUAUUUGAUUACUUGCAGUAUAUAUGUGCCAGUCUUUUCUUUUGUGUCCUGCAUAUUUGAGUUGAACUCAGAUCCACAUGCUUUCAGCGCCAACUGUGUUUCUUUCCUUUUUUAUUAUGCAAAAAGGACACGUCUGCAUCCAGCGAGUAGAACAAAUAUUUGUACACAUCUUUGCCCCGUUAAUAUUUCAUUUCAGAGG